UAAAAGUUAUAUAUUUUAUUUCCAGUUUAUAUAUAUUUACCAGUUUAACCUUCGAUAUGACUAAGAACCCAUCUACUAUUGUGGUCCUCAAUUUGUCAGGUGUCAGCUUUGACAUUUCUGUCCAGCCUGAGCACCAUUCUGCUGCAACUGAGCUAGCAUCUGCAUUCGCCAACAGGCAACCUGAGCCACUUUCCACCAGUAUCGUGACCCUGGCCAAAUUUAUCCUCUACUGCAGUACCAGAAACCCUGAUGUCACUAUCUCAGUGUUCAAGGGUUUCCAUACCAUGUAUUGCUCAGUGGACAACAUCCACGCCAUUGUUCAGCAGCACAAACUCUCUGUUGAGCAGUCACGCAUCGUCCUGAAGGGCUACUAUUCAGCCUGGUCUCUCCUUGAGGCCCGCCAGCAGCUUCCCAAUGUUCGUCUCCCGGCACUUUUCUCAUCACCUAGUCUCAAGACCAUUGCUCAAUUUGGCGGUCAGAGUGGAGCACCUAACUUUAUGGAUGAUGCAGCAUGGCUGUUUGAUGUCUACCAUCCGCUUCUUAGUGACUUUGUGGAGUAUAUGUCACGUUUUCUCCACCAGGAGUCGAUAGACCUUGUCCUGGAUGGCACUCUUGAGCAGCCACUGGACUUUGUCGGGUGGUUGCUCAAGCCAGAAACUGCGCCAGACACUCACCAUCUUCAUGCGGCACCGAUUGCAUUCCCAUUCAUCGGACUUUUCCAGUUAAUGCAUCUGGUUGUCUUGUAUAAGACACUUAGAAUUGACCCGGGCAAGCUGACCACUUUAUUCAGAGGUAGUCCUCCCUUGCUCACAGACUACAAAUAG